AUGCUUCCAUCAAACAAUCAACAGCCACUCCCAUCACAAGAGAAUAACAAUUCAUCAUCGGAAUUUACACUUGAAGAACUCAAUUUUCAACAUCCAUGGUCUGCCUCCGAUUUCAAAAAUCACCUAAAUACAGUUGGUGAUUAUAUUGUUAAUUAUCAUGAUCAAUUAAUUAAUCCAAACAAUACUUUAGAAGAAAACAAAAUUCAUCACCCAGUCUGUUCUCAAGUACAACCAGGUUAUUUGCAAAAAUUAUUACCAAAUGAAGCACCUCUUAAUGGAGAAUCAUUUGAUGAUAUUUUGAAAGAUGUUUCUGAGAAGAUUACUAUGGGAGUAACUCAUUGGCAACAUCCUAAUUUCUAUUCUUUCUUUUCUGCCAAUUUUUCAUAUCCUGCUCUCAUUGGUGACAUCUUGUCAGGAAUGUUCAAUGUCAUUGGUUUUAGUUGGAUUACUUCACCUGCAUGCACAGAAUUGGAAACUAUUGUUAUGGACUGGUUGGCCAAAGCUCUCCAUUUACCAAAACACUUUUUAAGUGAAACAACAGGUGGAGGAUCCAUUCAAGAUACAGCUUCAUCAGCUGGUGUAGUUGCAAUGUUAGCAGCUAAAGAAAAGAAACGUGUCCAAAUGAAGAAUGAAAUGGGUGAUUCAUUCAAUCAAGCUGAUUUUCAAGGAAAGUUAGUGGCCUACGUUUCAAGUCAAACUCACAGCUCUAUUGAGAAGGCAUGCAUGGUCACUGGUAUUAUUCAUUUGAGGAAAAUAUCUGCCUAUCCAGACACUUAUAAUAUGAAUGAAAAUGAAUUGGAAAAAACUAUUCAACAGGAUUUGGAAAAUGGUUUAAUUCCAUUCUUUGUUUGUGGAACCAUUGGAACAACAAGUAGCACUGCCAUUGAUGAUUUAUCCAAGAUUGGAGCAAUUUGUCAAAAGUUUUCAUUAUUCCUUCAUGUUGAUGCUGCAUUCGUUGGAUCAUCACUCAUGCUACCUGAAUGUAGACAAGCUUUUGUUGGUGGUGAUAAUUGUGAAUAUUUGGAAUUUGCUGAUUCUUUCACAUUCAAUCCUCACAAGUGGAUGUUGACAAACUUUGAUUGUUGUGCAUUUUGGGUCAAGGAGAGAAAACAUUUGAAGAAUGCUCUGUCUUUAGAUCCUGAAUAUUUGAAAAAUAAGGCAUCCAGUAGUGGACUUGUUACUGAUUACAGAGAUUGGCAGUUGCCUCUUGGUAGACGUUUCAGAUCUUUGAAAUUGUGGCUUGUUAUGAGAGUUUAUGGUAUUAGUGGACUUCAAAAGUAUCUCAGACAUCACAUUAAUCUUACAAAAUAUGCCGAAACUGAAUUGAGAAAGCAAUCAUGCAUUGAAUUCCUAGCUCCAAGAGUUACCAGUCUUAUCUGUUUCAGAUAUCACAAUUCAGAAUGGUCUCUCCAAAAGGAAAAUCGUUUCAACGAGAUUCUUAUUGAAAGAAUUAAUGUAAAUGGUAUGAUGUACAUGAGUCAUACUGUUUUGGGUGGAAAGUAUUGUUUGAGAUUGGCAAUUUGUGGUUCCUUCACAAAUCUCGAACAUGUCCAAUUUGCUCUCUCAACCAUUGACAGUCAAAUGAAGAAUUUAUUGGCAGACUUGGAAAAUGGAACUGUUGAAAUCAAUAUUUAA